AUGCAGAACCACAAUGGACUCAAGGAGUCGCCCUGGUGUAUUAACCUACAAACGGGUAUUCCGUCAGUACUGAGGGAGUUUAUACCAAAUUGCAAAUCUAUGAGUGCAAUUACUGCACCGUUGUACGGAUUAGGAGCAGAAGCAUUUUCGAGCCUGGCAGUUUUUUUACCGACAUUAGUAGCAGCUUUGGCUUAUUUCCAAUAUGAACAAUUAGAUCCAGAGAGUAGACCUAUCGAUGUCCCCACCGAAGAAUUGUUGGACACCUACGAUUUCAUUGUCAUAGGAGCUGGUUCGGCAGGAGCUGUAGUAGCAAAUAGACUAAGCGAAAUAGAAAAAUGGAAUAUAUUAUUAUUAGAAGCUGGAGGAGAUGAAACUGAAAUUUCAGAUGUGCCUCUAAUGGCAGGUUAUUUACAAUUAUCCGCUUUGGACUGGAAAUACAAAAGCGAACCACAAGGACAAGCUUGUUUGGCCAUGAAUAACGGAAGAUGUAAUUGGCCGAGAGGAAAAGUGAUAGGCGGUUCGUCAGUAUUAAAUUACAUGUUGUAUUUACGAGGAAAUAAAAGAGAUUACGAUAAUUGGGAAUCUUUAGGAAACCCCGGAUGGGGUUCCAAAGAUGUUUUACAUUAUUUCAAAAAAUCCGAAGAUAAUCAAAAUCCGUAUUUAGCCAAGACUCCUUAUCAUUCAACCGGGGGUUUUUUAACCGUUUCCGAACCUCCUUAUCAAACUCCUUUAGUUUCCGCUUUCAUAGAAGGAGGUAAACAACUCGGGUACAAAAACAGGGACAUCAACGGACAGUAUCAAACUGGAUUUAUGAUGGCGCAAGGUACAAUUAGGAGAGGAGCGAGGUGUUCAACAGGAAAAGCGUUUUUAAGACCUGUAAGGCUACGUCGAAAUUUGAAUGUAGCUAUGAAUUCACAUGUCACAAAGGUUCUUAUAGAUCCUAAAUCAAAAAUCGCGUACGGUGUUGAAUUUUACAGAGAUAAAAAAUUAUACAGGAUUCGAGCCAAGAAGGAAGUUAUCCUUUCUGCGGGAGCAAUAAACUCUCCUCAGUUAUUGAUGUUGUCUGGCGUUGGUCCAAAAGCGGAACUGAAUAAAUAUAAAAUUCCAGUGAUACAGGAUUUAAAAGUAGGACAUAAUUUACAAGAUCAUAUCGGACUCGGAGGACUUACAUUUCUAGUAAAUAAAGAAGUGACUGUUACAUUGGAUCGAAUAUACGCAGUUGGUCCUCUGAUGCAAUAUGCUGUUUUCGGUGGUGGACCAUUGACAAUUAUGGGUGGAGUUGAAGGAUUAGCUUUUGUUAAUACGAAAUACGCCAACGCUUCCGACGAUUUUCCCGAUAUAGAAUUUCAUUUCGUUUCCGCGUCAACUCAUUCCGAUAAAGGAGCUCAAAUUAAAAAAGCGCAUGGACUCACAGACUCAUUUUAUAAUAAAGUUUUUAGACCCAUACAUGAUAAAGAUGCUUGGAGCGUUAUACCAAUGCUAUUAAGACCACAAAGCAAAGGUUUCAUCAAAUUACGUAGCAACAAUCCUUUCGACGCUCCAUUGAUUUAUCCCAACUAUUUUCUGGAAGAACAAGAUAUGAAAACUUUAAUAGAAGGUGUCAAAAUAGCAGUUGCUUUAAGUCAAACACCGGCUUUCCAAACUUACGGAAGUAGAUUUGUGGAAUUUCCUGAUUGUGCGCACUUUAAGAAACAUUCAGACCAAUAUUAUGAAUGUAUGAUAAGACUGUAUUCGGUUACGAUUUACCAUCCUAUAGGUACUUGUAAAAUGGGUCCCUAUUGGGACGAAGGUGCUGUAGUAGAUCCUCAGCUUCGAGUUUACGGAAUCAAGGGUUUGAGGGUGAUCGAUGCCUCAAUUAUGCCUAAUAUGGUGAGCGGUAAUACCAAUGCUCCUGUUAUUAUGAUCGGCGAAAAGGGAUCGGAUUUGAUUAAAUCAUUUUGGAUGAAGACAGUUAAUAGUGGAAAAAUCUUGUAUGGGAUUAAUUUCCAUAUGGCAUCUUUAACUCAACAAAUGAAUUUAUUUUCCAUGACCAGGAUGGCCCUCACCCUCGGUCCUAGUAUAGGUUUUCUGAUAUAUCUCCAUUCGAGUAUUAUAAAUUUAAGGCCCGAUUUAUUGGAUAGGGAUCACAGAGUUCAAGAUGUACCUUUAUAUCAAAUUAGAGACACUUACGAUUUCGUUAUAGUAGGUGGAGGAAGUGCCGGAACCGUUUUAGCCAACAGACUAAGUGAAAACUCUGAUUGGAAAGUUUUACUUCUCGAAGCAGGACCUGAUGAAGUAGUUUUUACUGACUUACCAAUAAUGUUUCCUGUUUUACAACUAACUCCUUUCGAUUGGCAAUAUCGAACUGAACCCGGUGAAAAUUACUGUUUGGGUUUUCACGACAAAAAGUGUAAUUGGCCGAGAGGAAGAAUCCUUGGAGGCAGCUCUGUACUAAACGCUAUGCUUUACGUGCGAGGAAAUAAAAAAGAUUAUGAUAGAUAUAGAGAUUUGGGGAAUGUGGGAUGGAGCUAUGAAGAUGUUUUACCAUAUUUCAAAAAAUCAGAAAAUAUGACGAUACCCGAAUUUAGAAAUGAUAAAUACCACGGUAAAAACGGUUAUUUGACUAUCGAACAUUUCAGAUACUUUUCCAAACUUGUAGACUGGUUCUUAAAUGCUGCCCAAGAAUUAGGUUACGAAGUGAGAGACAUCAACGGGGAACAACAAACUGGUUUCACUUUGGCACAUGGUACUUUAAGAGACGGUCUUCGAUGUAGUACAGCAAAAGGAUUUAUACGACCCAUUGCUAAAAGAACCAAUCUUCAUGUUAGUUUACAUUCAAUGGUAGAAAAAAUUCUAAUAAACGAAGAAACUAAACAAGCCUACGGUGUUGAAUUUAGUAAAUUUGGAACCAAACGAACCGCACACGUAGCAAAAGAGGUUAUAUUGAGCGCGGGAGCUAUCGGAUCACCGCAUCUUCUAAUGUUAUCGGGUAUAGGACCGAAACAGCACCUCGAAGAUAUCGGAAUAAAGGUUAUACAUCAUUCUCCAGGCGUAGGACAAAAUUUACAGGAUCACGUAUCUAUUGGAGGUGUCGCGUACCUUUUUGACAGACCUGAGGAAUUUGGCGACGAGCCACUCAGUUUCAAUUUACCGAAAAUAUUUUCUACAGAUACCGUGAAUGAAUUUGGGCGAGGAUACGGUCCAGUUUACUGGUUACCUGUAUGCGAGGUUAUGGGUUUCGUAAACACCAAAUAUCAAGAUCCCAAAGAAGAUUGGCCUGACAUACAAUAUUUUUUUGGUUCUUUCGCUGAUAGCUCCGACGGAGGUAUGUUUGGUCGAAGGGCAGUUGGAAUGACUGAUGAAUUUUACACAGCCGUUUAUGAGGAUAUCAUUUAUAGAGAAGCUUUCGGUAUUUAUAUUCUUCUUUUACGACCAAAAAGUCGGGGAAUGAUUAAAUUGAAAGAUAAAAAUCCCCAGUCGCACGUAUUGAUCUAUCCAAAUUACUUCGACCAUCCAGAUGAUUUGAAAGUAAUAGUAGAAGGUGCUAAAAUUGCUCACAAUUUGACAAAAACUAGAUUCAUGCAACGAUUCAAUGUAACUUUUAAUCCACAUCGUAUACCAGGUUGUAAGGAUUUGGACUUUUUGUCUGACGAAUAUUGGGCGUGUCAAGCAAAACAUUAUACAUUAACAAUAUACCAUCCAACGGGUACAGCAAAAAUGGGCCCGGACAAUGAUUCUAUGGCAGUUUUAGAUCCGAGGUUACGUGUACGGGGAAUAGAUAAUUUGAGAGUUGUAGAUUGCUCCAUAUUUCCGUAUAUACCAAACGGAAAUACCAACGCUCCGGUCAUAAUGGCAGCCGAAAAGGCGUCCGAUAUGAUUAAGGAAGAUUGGGGUGUUAUGAAUAACGAUUCAGAUGAAGAUGUAAUUGAAAUCGUUGAUAUUGAUGAUGAUGACAUUUUGGGAUCGAAAAGUGACCAAGCAAAACCAGUGGUUAAGGCAGUGCUUAAGCAAGUACCAACUAGAGAAGAUCCCGAUUAUUGGUAAAUCUUAUAUCUACUCAUUACUAUGAUAAUACUAAUUUUAAUAAAGAAUUUUUGAAACAAA